AUGUUCCUUGUCAAAGCAUAUUUGUACAAUAGUUUAAGAGUUGUCACUUUCCGCCGGCGCUGGGCAUUUGGUGUUAAUCGGGUUGUCGCUUGCCAGCAUUGUACCUCUCUAUAUUAUCUGGGAAUAUUAAACGAUACCAUUCUGAAGCGCAGCAACUUCCGAUGUUUUCCAUUAUUAUUAUUAUUAUUAUUAUUAUUAUUAUUAUUAUUAUUAUUAUUAUUAUUAUUAUUAUUAUUAUUAUUAUUAUUAUUAUUAUUAUUAUUAUUAUUAUUACUAUUAUUAUUAUUACUAUUAUUAUUAUUAUUAUUAUUAUUAUUAUUAUUAUUAUUAUUAUUAUUAUUAUUAUUAUUAUUAUUAUUAUUAUUAUUAUUAUUAUUAUUAUUAUUAUUAUUAUUAUUAUUAUUAUUAUUAUCAUUAUUAUCCAUUAUUCCCAUUCCAUUUUGCUGUUAUUAUUUCCAAGUUAAAUGUCCGAGAACUUCCUAG